CUCCCACUUCCAUUUCCGUCAAUCAAGAGGAACCUGAUUAUUCCGUCCUACGCAAACAGCCAUUCGUGGAAAGAAAGGGCCAGCCCUGCCUUGUUCUGCCUACAUUUUGUACUGGCCUUAUUUUUUUUCCUCCCUUCUUAAGCAAUGCAGAAUGAGUGAUCAAAAGGAGGAAAGUAUGGCCACCCUAACUGAAGGAGGGAAACCUGGUGAAUAUUUGCAAAUCAAAACAUCAGGCUCACAGGACACCCAGCCGUCUCCUCUGGCCCUGCUCGCCGCGACUUGCAGCAAGAUCGGUUCCCCAGGCCCUGCUGACGGUGCAGCUGCCUCUAACACCCUGCAAGGCGGACAGUUACUAAUCGACCAGAGCUCCGGAGCGGUGCAGCAGCAGCAACUGGAGAUUGUGACGGCCCAGCUUAGUGGAAACGGCUGGCAGAUCAUCGCCGCCGGCCCCGCAACAACUAAAGAGAACGUUGCACAACACCAAGGGACUUCUGCCAGCAGUAGCUGCAGCAGCACAACUACCGCCUCCGCCACCAACGGCAAUGUUACAAGUGUCCAAGACAGCUCGGGUUUACCCAUCAAAGCCAGGCCCAUCGUCUCAGCAGCGGGACAGUACAAUGUGGUGCCAGUGCAAUCAUUACCAAAUACUACCAUGGUGGUCAACGCAGCAGCCACUGCCGGCGGCUCUUCCAACAGCAUCCAGUAUCAAAUCAUACCGCAACUGCAGACUGUGGACGGGCAGCAAAUUCAGAUCAGCUCGGCCAAUCUGCAGCAGGAUUUGCAUGGGCAGAUCCAGAUCUUUACCACCGGCCAUGGCCAGACGGCUCUCAUCGGCCCACAGACCAGGACCACCUCUGCAAGCACAGCCUCGCCCAGCACUGUAUUUUCUCAGUCGUCUGCCAGCGUCCCCUUCCAGAUCCGACCGGGGCUCUCCAUUCCGCUGCAGCUGCAAGGAAUUAACAUUUCCGGGACUCAGUCCCAGAUGGUCGCCACUUUGCCAAUUAAUAUUGGAGGCGGUAUGACCCUGGCCGUGCCUAUAAACAGUCUGGCGGCAGCCAGUGGAGGAGGAACUAUCCAGUUUGUCCAGCCUUUCGAUGGCGGGGUCUCGAAUGGGAAUCAAAUGAUUUCCACGCCCAUUUCCACCGCCUCUUUGAGCAGCAUGCCCGAAUCUCCUUCGUCGUCUCCUCCUUCUUCGUCCACUUCGACCUGCGUUACCACCGCCUCCCCAUCGCUGUCCUGUGUGACUUCACUGGCAAAUUCUUCCGAGACUGCCCAGUCUAUCUUCCGUACCACAUCAAGUUCGGAGAACAUCGAAGACGACCCAUCAUCAGCUGUGACUGAAGGCGAAGGUACAAAUCUUUCUCAGUCCAAUGGGUUGCAGAAUAUGCCGGAACAUGGUCAGUUUCAUCAAGUGCAGUUGGCUGUGGGACAGCAGGUGCCAAUUCAGCAACAACAUUCGUCUCAGAUCCAGCAGCAGAUUAUUCAGACAAUCCCACAACAUGCUCUGCAGACCAUCCAAAGUGCUACUGUUCCAGGACAAACUAUUCAAAAUGCUCAGUUAUCAACAAUGCAGAAUCCAACUCAGGUGAUCAUCAGGGCACCAAGUUUGACACCAUCUGGUCAAAUAAACUGGCAAACCAUUCAAUUACAAAACAUCCAGAACCUUUCAGGUGUACAGAUUCAAAAUGCUCAGCAGCUUGCUGUAACCCCUGUGUCUUCAAGUAAUUCUGGCGGAACUACUAUUGCCCAAAUUACCCCUGUUACUGUUACUGGCGGUACCAUUAAUUUAAGUGCUGCCCAGCUUGCAUCUGUUCCCAAUCUUCAGACAGUCAACAUUGGGAGUUUGAGUUCGGGUGGAGUCCAGGUGCAAGGCAUACCAGUGGCCAUCGCCAAUCUAGCAGGUCAACAGCAGAACCAGGAUGGUGGAGACACAAAAUGGCAUCUAAAAGUACAGCCUACAUCUGGUACUCCACUCACAGUAGUUGCUAAUGCUGCAUUGGGAACUGUUAGCCCUAACAACCUCGCUCAAGUGCAGCUCCAGUCAUCGAGUGACCAAGAUGGUCAACCUGGCAAAAGACUGAGAAGAGUUGCUUGUUCAUGUCCUAACUGCAGAGAUGGCGAAGGAAGAGCCUCCAAUGAGCCAGGGAAGAAGAAACAGCACAUCUGCCAUAUGGAAGGCUGUGGAAAAGUCUAUGGUAAAACAUCCCAUUUACGGGCACACCUUCGCUGGCACACUGGUGAGAGACCAUUUGUGUGCAAUUGGCUCUUCUGUGGCAAACGUUUCACACGGAGUGACGAAUUGCAGCGGCACAGAAGGACUCAUACAGGUGAGAAGAAGUUUUCCUGCCCAGAAUGUUCAAAGCGAUUUAUGCGAAGUGAUCAUCUUUCGAAACAUGUCAAAACCCAUCAGAACAAGAAAGGUGCGGCAGUUGUUCAAACUGUUGGGAAUAUCUCGCCAGACAUGGAGGCAUCUGUGGCAGAAGUUCUAGUCUCGCCCAGGAUAGUUGCCAUAACCACCGCUUCCCAGGAUUCCAGUCCAACUAUGUCAGCUGUGGCAAAUAGCAUAGAUGAAUAUUGAUUAUAUAAUAUGCAGUGGUCCAGAUUCCAUAACUCUCAACUUACUUCAAUUUAGAACCCAUAUUAAAAACGUAGAAAUCUCUGUAGGGAAGUUAAAAGGCAUUUUUAGUUUGCAAAUGUUACCUGUAAUGCAGAUGAGUCUGUCAUUUUAGCUGGACAAAGGAGUCAUGUGCAAAGUAGCUGUUUUGUUUCUGUGGUUGAAUAUUGGGAUUGAAAUAAUGUGCAGCAGCUUGCCUCUGUUUCCCUCAAAAUGCUAUUUGGAUGAUCCCUGUUGUAAACAAAUUAAUUUUUCCUACAAUUCAAAAAAACAAGAUGUUCAGUGGCGCAACUUUUUAAGGAGUUUAAUUGUUCAAUCUUAAUCUGCAGACUUUUAUUAAUUGAAAGAGAGCCCUUUUACAAAAAAUCCUAGUAGUUUUGCUUUCUGUCAUUGUUUUUGGCACAUUGUACCAGAUGGUAAUCAUGUUGAUUAUUCUAAAAUGUUUCAAAUCUCUUAGAGUGGAUGAUAGUUGAAAUUUAGAAUUCUACAUCCUCUUACCGUUUGCAUGCGUGUUUUUUUUAAGUGGAUCCAGAAACGUUGAUAGGCUGCUGCAUUGAUUCGAAACACGUAAUAAUAUUGAUUCGGCCUUGCUGGAAGGAGGUUGAUUUUAUUCCAGGUUUUAUUUACACAUGGAAUACAUCUCCAUUGUAUUUAACAUUUAAUUGCAAUGAUAAUUUUCUUACAUGUUUGACAUCUGCAGCUUUAUUUAGUUAUUGGAAUAACUUUCCAGGAUCUGUACUGGAGGAUAUCCACCAAGGGUAAUUUUAGAUACAGAAAGACUGGUGCAACUCCUAUAUGUCUGAAAACAAAAUUCUGCUCUUUUUUAGCAAAUAUUUACUUUACAGUUUUUGCAAUUAAAUUUAUGCAUGUAAUUUUUGUAUUCCUGUCAAGAUUUAUUUUUCAUUCAACUGCAAUUGUUUAAGCAGAAGUUUGUUGAUUUGUUAAAAUAUUUUCAUGGACCAGAUAACUGUUACUAACCUUGUGAGAGGGAGUUUAGUUGUUCAACUUUCAUUCAUAUAUUCAGCCUUUUUAUAUUUGCUUUUGUAUUGGUAUUUUUUUUUUUUUGCUGCUUGGUUCCAACUUUGAUUCAUUUAGUAACUGCUUUAUACCUAUUUAAACUAUCUUUGAUAAGGCCUACUCCUGGAGAUUGGCUAGGCACAGAUUUGACCUGGGUCCCAGCACAUCUCCUGAAGACUGAUUUAGUGCUCAUUCCUUUUUGUAUAAAUAUGUUUAUACCACCAACUGACGUGUACUUUGUUGGUCUUAAUUUCGUAUAGCUGUACGAAAGAAUUAUGAUAUGUAUAGUUCUAUAAAUGGUGAGUGUUGCCAUUAGUAAUACUUGCAAUUUUCCAGUGAGUUGGUGUCUGUCGCAAGUGGACAUGGCUGUAGAAAAUUACAGUUGAUUUAUUAUUUAUCACAGGUAUUUUUUAUUUUCUUCUGCAAGGCCAGGAAUGAAGUUCAUGUAUUUGUAGGUGCAAGUAAACUUGUCUUUUUGGAGAGCAGUGAAAUAUAAAAUUUAUCUAUAUAGAUUUGCAUCAUUAUAGUCAUUAACUACCUUUAUUGUGAUUACACAGGUUGUUUCUGGCCUUGCAUGGUACUUUUGCUUUAACUUAUGUCUGCUUCCAUUUGUGGUUAUAAUCAUGCAUGUAAUGAUUAAAAAUCAAUAAUUGCCCAUAAAACUAAAUUCUAAGUAACUUACAGAUGUUUAAGAAUUAAAAAGUACACGAUUAAUGUGUAAAAAAAAAAGUAAUGAUUAAAAGGAAAUAUUAUUGGUGGUGUUUGGGGAGGGAUAGAAAUUUUGAUUUUGAAUAUCAGACUUUCUACGACAAGAUUAUUAACCUGAAUAUUUUGUUACAAUAAUUCACUUGUAAAUCUUUUUUUAAAAUGUGUUUUCCUGGCAUCAUAAACUUUUAAUAAUGGAUUCUGCCAGUAUGGCCUUAAAGGCAUGAUUUGUUCACAUUUUUAUAAUGCAGAUUUGUAUAAAAGAGUACAUUUUGUGGGGGGAAAAAAUGUUUUUUUUUCACCUGCUGCAGGAAACUGAACUUGUCCAUUAAAAUAUCCUUUAAGUUAA